GGUGGGAAAUGAGAUAAUUAUAUGAGAUAUAAUCGGCAAACCAAUCCUAAAGGAUUGCUCAUUACGCAGAGUCGGCAGAACCAAUGAAAUAAUAAACGUGCAGUGGUGUUCGAGUUGCCAGCUGUCUCGAGACGGUCGAUUGGUAUACGAGAGAAAGACAAAAAAUACCUUAUCACAAUGAUAGUCAGAGCUUUGUGCAAUACUUUUUCGGGAAGGCAGAUUAGCCUGUGCGCGAAGUCACAGUUAUUAAAGCGCAAUCCGUAUUCGGAUAUUGGACAAUUAGCACGCAUGGUAUCAUCGCAUCAUGUCUCAAAGAAUAUAGAGUUUCUUACACAAGAUAAUCACAUUGUAAUAUCUAAAAAUAUUGCUCCGAAUAAUAUAAACGUAACGAACAAUCGCCCUUUGUUAGUUAUUCUUACUUGGUUGCUAUCAAAGCGACGACAUGUUAUGAAGUUUGUUAAUUUGUAUAUGGAACAAGGUUUUGAUGUGGCAGUGGUUUCCCUUACACCUUGGCAACUUUUAUGGCCUACAAAAGGAUCUCGACUAGUGGCAGCAGAUUUGUUAACUUUCUUAAAGCAAAACGAAAGUUAUCAACAAAUUCUGUUACAUGGAUUUUCAGUGGGUGGUUACAUGUGGGGUGAGGCUUUGGAUUUGAUAGAAAGUAACAAGGACAAGUACGGUAAUAUUACAGAUAGAGUUGUUGGACAAGUGUGGGACAGUAUAGCUGAUGUUAGUCAAAUUGCGAUUGGAUUCCCUCGCGCGGUAUUCCCAAAGAACAUUGUGCUGCAAUCUAUGCUACGAAAAUUCGUAGAAUAUCAUAUGAAGACAUUCCAUGAGCAAGCAACACAUUAUUAUAUCCGAUCCAGUCAGGUAUUUCAUUCUGCUAGUGUACUACGCGUACCAGCAUUACUAUUUGUAAGUAAAACUGAUCCUGUUGGAGCUGUAACCAGCAAUUUGAAUUUGCGCGACAACUGGGAAUCUUUAGGAAUAAAGACGUACGUGAAGAUAUUCGAGGAAUCGCCGCAUGUCGCCCAUUUCUACACGUAUCCUAAGGAAUACGUUGCCGAGCUCUACGCUUUCUUACAAAAAUUAAACUUAAUACAAAACGAAGAAAAGAUUAGAGCGCGUCUCUAAAUACAAAAAAGUGCAUUAUCGUUUACAUACGUAACCGUAGGAUAUUUUUUAUAUAGAGUUGUCUUUACAAUUACAUUUUACUUCAUGUAUUACAUUUGUAAUAUCUAACACUUGCCAUGUAUACACACAAUAUACAUAGACAGUAGAGACACGAUUUUAUAUGUUUAAACUCUCAAUUGCUCUCAAUAUACUAUUGUAUAUCUAGCGAGCAAUCAACACCAAGUUUGACAAAACAAAAAUACAUCUUUAAUAAGAAAAUAUGUUAUUACAUAUUUUUAUACAUUUUGUCUUUAAAAUAAUACAUAUUAAUAAUAUAUUAUUUAUUAGUUAAAUACAAAGUGUAAUAUCCUGGGUGCAAGACAUAUAAUGCAUUUUUUAAUUUUCUUUUUUGAUAAGUUUUAAUAAGAACACGAUAGAGAAAUAACAAAUACUAUUUAUUAUUGUACCACGAGUUAUAUUAACUGGCAUAAAUUGUACAUUAUACAUUUUGCGUUUUA